CUUGGACGAAAGGAGCCGAUUCUUGUCGCUUUCUCGCCUCUUUUAACCCGCAUUUUCGCAGUUUCCGUCAUCAUCAGCCCGGCCCCUGACGCUCACCCCUUUAAACCCACGUUUUUGGAUUAUUAUGUGAAUAAAUGUCGGCGGAUACAAACUUGGAGAGGACAUAAGGAGCAUCCGCCGCGUGAGACAGACCUCCUCCACAGCUCCAUCCACUGCACAUCUUUUUUUUUGGCUGUGUCCUUCUCGCACAAACCCGAGUCUUCCCCGGCGUUUGUUUGUCCUCUGUUCAUGUGUGAGAUGUGUUUGUUUAAUGGAGUAACAUAAGGGCAGUGCGCGCGCAGGACCAAGAGCGCACAAAGGGAAUGCGGCUGUUCCACUUCGCAGUACGCAAUGUUUUGGAUGUUUAGCAGCCAGAGCGAGCAGUAGCAGACUCCACGGGCCGUUUGAGACAGCUGUUCCUCGCCGCCGCCCCCUCGCCUUCCACGAUGACAUCACCCGACUCCCCCCCGCUGGCGUCGCCCUCCCCGUGCCCGCCUCCUCCCCCGUCCCUCCCCUCCUCUCCCGUCCCGUCGUCCCCCGCUCCGUCCUCCUCGUCCCUGCCCCUCCCGCCCGCCCUGCCCCCUACCGGCGAAGUCAUGGUCCUCGCUUUAGGACGGAAAAAGCAGCGCGUCCUCAUAGCGCUGUCCAUUUUACCCAACCUGUUCCUGGCGUUCCUCCUGUCAUCGGACGGGCUGAUAACGCUCUCGCCUCCGCACCACUGCCGUCUCCCCGUGUCCUCGUCGUCUCCGGAGGUCCUGAACGCGUCCCUGCCCUGGGUGAAGGGGGAUCGGCCCGGAGACAGCGGGGGGCCGUCCCAGUGUAAGCAGUUCGCCAACAGCAGCCGCAACGCCGUUGUGGACUGCGAGGAGGGGUGGGACUACAACGUGACCGAAGGACUCAAGAACAACAUCGUGACUGAGUGGGACCUGGUGUGCGCGCAGUACUGGCUCGUGCCUGUAGAGGAGGUGUGUUUCAUCCUGGGCGUCCUGACCGGGUGCCUGGGUCUGGGCUACGCCGCCGACAGACUGGGGCGCUCGAAGGCCCUCCUCACGUCCCUCACCCUCUGCGUGGUUUUUGGGGUCCUCGUUUGCGUGUCCCCGGUCCCGUCCGUCUUCAUCGUGAUGCGUUUCUGUUUGGCCGCCGCCAGCGCUGGAGUCUACCUCACUCUGUACAUCGCACGUCUGGAGCUGUGCGAGCCGUCCCUCCGCCUCGUGGUUACCAUGGUAGCGGGCCUGAUGACGGUGUGCGGCGAGCUGCUGCUGCUGGCCGUGGCUUUGGGUUGUCAGUCCUGGAGGGGGCUGCUGGGGGCCGGGGCCGCGCCUCUCACUCUGUUCCUCAGUUAUGGCAUUCCUGGAGUUUUCCCAGAGUCUCCAAGAUGGCUGCUGCUGUCUGAAAGAUCCGCAGACAUGAACUCCUUCAGCGAGAGACGAAACUCGACCCGGGAAGGCAGAGACGAUGAGAGUUUUACAGAGCUGGACUCGGAGCCUCCUCUCUCCGCUCGCCCUCGUCUCUCCUUCCCUGAGCUCGUUCACAGCAGAAACAUCUGGAAAAACCUGUGUGUGCUCGGCUUCACCUCGGGCAGCGGCGUGGGUGCAGUUCUCGCUCUGGGCUGCGUGGGGCGCCUCAGCUCCCCCCUCAUGGACUUAAGGAACCACUACGGCUACUUCCUGCACCACGUGGUCUACUCCUCUCUCGCUCUUUUGGCCGUUCUGUCCAUCCUGCUGCUGCCCGAGAGCAAACGGAAGCCCCUGCCCCAAACGCUCGCAGACGGAGAGCAGUACCGGCGCCCCCCGCUGGGACGGAGGAGACGGGACAAUGUGCCUCUACUGGCCACGCCCAACCCAGAGACUUAAACAACGACGACGACAACGACGACAACGGACAGAUUCACACGAACGAAACAGGCAAUACUAAACUUUUACAUCACAAACGGAGGACGAGAAAAGGGCUUAACGAACACGAAGCUUCCUCACAUUGUCACGGUCCGCUACACUGACCCCUGUGUGACCUUUGACCUUCACGAUCGGGGCGCGCCAUCGAUAGCGGACAGCUUGUAUUUGUUCCGUCACCAGCAUUCAUCACGGCAGGCGUCAUGGCGGGCAUAACAUUGUGAUUCAGAGACGACCGAUUUGCUUUUAAUCUGAUAACGGCUCGGAAAAUGCAAAGUAGG